AUGUCGUUUAACCUGACACCAGAUGACACUGCGUCUUUAGUAAACAAUUCUAGCAGCUUACCACUGGCGUUACCUACAUUACUAACAGUUUUCCUCACUCUACAGCAAAUUGUGUUCGUUAUUGCAUGUACCGGCAACUUCUUUGUUAUCUACGUGGUAUUGAGACACAUGAGUCUCAAGGACAACUCAAACGUCUUUGUAUUGAAUCUUGCAAUAGCCGAUUUCUUCACAGGAAUGUCCUCAGGGGUUCAGAUUCUCUACGUAUUUUACCGUCAUUUGAAUCAGAACGUAGUCUCCUGCCUAUUACGUUUUCAGGUAGUAGGUUGUAUGACCAUCGCAUCACAUGUCACCGUAUUCCUCCUGUCAAUUGAUCGUUACAUUGCUAUCUGUCAACAAGAUCUAUAUAAACAAAUCCUUACGAAAAAAUUAUCCAGUGUUAUUGUUACUUUACCAUGGCUUAUUUCAAUGUCAUUAUCACUCCCGCCAUUUUUCGGAUGGAACGAAUGGGAUACUGCACCAAGCUGUAGCUUUAGUCUUGUUUACUCUCCCGAGUUUUUCUGGACAACUUCUACUAUUGUUUGUUCAUUGAAUGGCCUUUCAUUCGUUGCACACUUUCUCAUCUUCUUCAAGAUAAGAAAAUUCUACAAAAGAACAAGACCACUAUAUGAAAUGGAAACUGAGGACAAAAAACUUCAUAAAAAUAUACGAGGGGCGAAGGUCAUGUUGAUUAUAACAAUAGCUUUUACAAUAUGCUGGACACCAUUCAUGUUUUUUUCGUUUGCAUUUGCCAAUGGUUAUUCGACAGAUUUCAAUCUUCAAGAAACAUCACACUGGCUCGUAUUCCUUGGAAUGCUGAACAGCGUCAUUAACCCAGUUAUAUAUGCAUGGUACAAGCAAGAUUUCCGUAAAGCCUGUCAGAAAACAUGUUUUAGAAGUUCUAUACAGCAGUAGUCCAACUUAACGAACUCGAGAUGCAAAUACAUGAAAGUAGCAUGUCCUUCGUUUGAGACCAUCAAGUAUGGUAGAAACUUACUAGUUAUGAAUUUGUGUCGUGUUGUUGCUGUCAGAUUGGUGUUACCUUGGUGUUACCUUGCAGCUCAAUAUUUCAAAAAAAUCUAAGAUGUACGAACACAUAUCAACAUUCCUGGAAGUGAAUUUGAUGGGAAUACUUUUUUCACAAAUAUAACAAAAUAGUUUCAUUUUUACAAGUUAAAUUGACAUUCUUUUUAUUUAAACGCUAACUCCCUUAUCUUAUGCGAUAAGUUUUAGAAAAUA